GACACAGUUAGACGGAGACAGCAACUGACAUUAGUACACACAUAGUUAAUAUCAAUUGCUGCGUCAUACAUGCUCUAUUACUAAGUGUAUUAAAUAUAUAAAUAUAUAAAUACCCCCCUGGUUGUUGUAAAACACACGGAGCGACAGUGCCCGCCCCGUACUUUAUCCUAACGACAGAACCAACCCGAACAACCCGGUGUAAGUAACGAGUGCACCUAAUGUGAGGAUCGUUUUAGGCAUCAAUUCAGUUGUUACUUGUCCUGCAAAUAUUCUGUGUUUUUGCGUCACGUUUUCUUAUAUUUAACUGGAAAUACAUAGCAUUAUAUGUAUGUAUGCAUAAUUUCCCGUCAAAGAAAAGCACCACUUUAUGUCUUUAUGUGCGCCUGACCUUGCCUGCUCCUAGAUAGCCAAAGCUAGCUUGAGAGGUCGCAUCUACUACCUUACUCUACCUUGUUUCAUGAUGGAAGAGGAAGCCUUCACUGAUAUUAGUGGUAAAUCCAUCUCUCUGGACUGUCAGAGUCACUCCAGCCUCUGCAGGGAGUUCACUGUCAGCGUCCCCAAAGUGUCCAUCGGUAAGGUGCUGGUGUACACCUGCUGUGUCUGGCUGUUUGCAUACGCUGUGUUCUUCUUCACAGAGAACACAGCCGUUCUCUCCAGUGCUAUAUUCGUCACCCUGGUUGGCAUGAUGCUUCACAUCCACUUUGUGAAGGUCGACCACGAGACUCUGCUCGUCAUCGGCUCCCUGGGCAUACAGCUGUCCUCCAGCUACGCGUCAGGCCGUGAGACCACCACAUUCAUCGAGAUGAGCAAGAUUAAGGAUAUUAUCAUCAAUGAAGCUAUUUACAUGCAUCAAAUCAUCUACUACCUCUGUGUGCUGUUGAAGGACCCUUCAGAACCCGACGCAGUGUCAAGUGUUGUGCCAUUGUUUCAGAGUUCAAAGCCGAGGCUGAACUGCUUGACGAAAGUUUACAAAAGCUGUCAGGAGGUUCUUUCAAAGUGCUGAUGACACACAAGUCGAUGGUUCUGGGCAUGCAGUAUGUUUUUUAAUAUUUCUUUGUUUAAGUAAAUGUCUUAUCAAUGGAUGAAAGUAGAAAGCAGGUAGUUUUUCUUUUAUUUUGGUACAUCUUGAUUUGAUGUGCAGUGUAUUUUAUUCAUGAUUUUUCUCCUUUUCUCACCUGUAUGAAUGUAAAUGUAGUCUGUUGGAUACAAAAGCAAGCACUGCCAUGUUUUAAACACCAAUAUUAGAUUCAUAAUGUGUGUAAUUACUUAAAUAACUUAUGUAAAAAUAGCACUGGUGUUAGACUACUUCAACCUAAAGAGCCAAACCUUUUAACUGACAUCGUAUUUUAAGAUAGAAAUGACCUUUAACUAUUUGUGCGUUUAGAUUUUAAUUGACUAAUUGUGCCAAUGUCUGUAUUUUACAAGCAUGCUGUAUUUUUUGAUACAAAUACAUUUGAUAAAACAUAACAAAAUCAAUAUUGUCCCUAAAUUAUUUGCCAUCACUGGAUGAUGGUGUAUGUUCAGGGUUAAUGUUUUUGAGGAGUUUUACUUUCCUUCCCCAGCAGGGGACAGCACCACACUUACUCAACCUCAUACAAACUUCUGGAAAUUACAUUCAUGAAUCAGUUCAGACAAAAGCAGACAUCAUAAUCUUUGUUAGUCCACAAUUACACAGGUGAACUGCUUUUUAAUUUACCCUGUAUGUACACAAAAAAGCUUUAGCAAGAAGUUAUUAAAUGUGUAGCGUAAGAUGUGAUGAAUGUAGUAAAGUGUUUAUAAAUAAACAUCCA